UGCGUGGAGAACGUGACUGAACCAGGCCAGCUGCUGGAGGCAGACCUGCCUGUGGAGAGACCCCCCGAGACCCUGGGGGAGGCGGCGCAGGACACCCAGCAAGGUGGAGCGGAGGGGAGUGUCUGCAGCCGCUGCUGCACCCGGAUCCCCACUCCCCACCACUGUCCUGCUCCCAGUGGGGACUCGAGGGGGAUACAGCUGUGCAUGUCCUGCAUGGGCACCCUGGACACAGGCGGUCUAGGAACCACUGCAGCAGCUGGAGACCAACUGCUUCCAGCAGCCAAGGCAGAGGAUGGAGCCCUUGGCAGUGACCCUGUGCUGAGCCGGGAGGAGCUUGACGCGCUGCUAGGGGAGGUAAGACUGCGUGACACCAACAGGCAGACUCCAUGCAAAGGGGACCAUGUCUCUGGUGUGGCCCACAGGGGGUCAUGGGCACAUGGGUCAGGCAGCAUGUGCCUGGACAGGGGAAAGGAUGUGGGAUGGAAAGAGAAAAUGAACACCGGGGGCUAUCCCACAGAGCACGUGGGAUGGGAUCUUGCAGUGGGCAUUCCAGACCAUGGCACGGCCGCUGGCAGAAACACAGGGGCUCCUUGCCUAGUGCAGACACCAAGCAGCACAAUCCACAUGGCAACCAAUGAGAAAGAAAGCUCGGAGACACACGUAAAACAAGAUGAAUGCAGGCAUAAUGAUAGCACAAAGAAGUCACAGAAUACAACACUGACCGUCAACAGGACAACCGACAAUGGCACAAACAGAGCAAAAUGGCAGGCUACACCCACUGACACUCAGCAGAGAACAAGCGCACUGAAAAUGUACAUAAAAUACAGGCCAGAGCAAAUAAAAUUCAAUGACUUCAAAAUAAUUUAUUUAGCGGAAGGCUCAAAAAAUCCUAUUUCUUCAUAA